AUGGACACAAACAUGGAGGACGUCGGGCGCGUGCCCGCAGAGCUCACUUCGGCCCACCUCGAGCCUGCCACAAUCCCAACGCUUGAUGGCUGGAUCGAAAGCUUGAUGAACUGCAAACAGCUUUCUGAAUCAGAUGUCCAGAGAUUGUGCGAAAAGGCACGGGAGGUGUUGCAAGAAGAGUCGAACGUACAACCGGUCAAAUGCCCGGUUACCGUAUGUGGCGACAUCCACGGCCAGUUCCACGAUUUGAUGGAACUAUUCAAGAUUGGCGGGCCCAAUCCGGACACCAACUACCUCUUCAUGGGGGAUUAUGUUGAUCGAGGGUACUACUCCGUCGAGACUGUCACCCUGCUUGUGGCGCUCAAAAUCCGAUACCCACAGCGCAUCACCAUCCUGCGCGGUAACCACGAAUCCCGCCAGAUCACACAGGUAUAUGGCUUCUACGACGAGUGCCUGCGCAAGUACGGCAAUGCCAACGUGUGGAAGUACUUUACCGACUUGUUUGAUUAUCUCCCCCUCACCGCCCUCAUCGACAAUCAGAUCUUUUGCCUCCACGGUGGCCUGUCGCCAAGCAUUGACACCCUGGACAACAUCAGAGCAUUGGACCGUAUCCAGGAGGUGCCUCAUGAGGGUCCCAUGUGCGAUCUCCUGUGGUCCGACCCUGAUGACCGGUGUGGCUGGGGCAUCUCACCUCGCGGUGCCGGGUAUACGUUCGGCCAGGACAUAUCAGAAGCGUUCAACCACAACAAUGGCUUGACCCUGAUUGCCCGAGCGCACCAGCUUGUGAUGGAGGGAUACAACUGGUCGCAGGAUAGGAAUGUGGUUACCAUUUUCUCCGCGCCGAACUACUGCUACAGGUGCGGCAAUCAGGCGGCGAUAAUGGAGAUCGACGAGCAUCUUAAAUAUACCUUGCACUUUGACCCGUGCCCGAGGGCCGGCGAGCCCAUGGUCUCUAGGAGGACUCCCGACUACUUCCUGUGA